AUGGAGCGGGCAAAUACUUUACAUCAAGAGGGAGAAUCCAAAGGAGGUGUCUUAGCUCACUUGGAAAGGCUAGAGGCUGAAGCGAACAGAUUCUGUAAAGGUAAACGGUCUGAAGAGCUGCAGAGUGCACAGACAGUGGAAAGUGCUCUUGAAACCAAGAUCCGUAAACUGAGGGUUCUACAAGAUGAGCUGAGGGCUGAACUAAAGCAACCACAAGCCAGAGUUAAAGCAUCUAUUGCCAAUGUAGAACCUGACCAAAAAGUGGAGAUCAGUGAGGAAGAAGAUUUGGAAAGAAAGCAGGAAAAUAUGAAAGCCAUUUUGCAGGCAUAUGGUUUUACAGGACUCAGUGGUAAACUGACCAGCCGAGGAGCCUGCAUCUGCAUCAGUACUGCUUUUGAGGGGAACCUAUUGGAUUCCUACUUUGUGGACCUUGUCAUACGGAAGCCUCUCCAGAUACAUCACCAUUCGGUUCCAGUCUUCAUUCCUCUAGAAGAAAUAGCUGCAAAAUACUUACAGACUGGCAUUCAGCGCUUCCUGUUCAGUCUCUGGGAGUAUUUAAAUGCUUACUCUGGGCAGAAGUACCAAGCAGAUCAACUUCAGAGUGACUUUGCAGUUUUUCUGAAUGGGUCGCUGCAGAGAAACUCCCUGUGCAAGUUGCUGUCAUUUACUUACAAAGUGGAUCCAAGGGAUCAGUCUUUCCAAUUUUAUGCAAGAUUGCUGUAUAAGGACCUCACAAUGAGUCUUCCCACUGAUGUCACUGUUCCGUAUCAAAGAAUGGAAGCAUUAUCCACUUCCCAGGAAGAACAGCGUGCAUCCCAUGAAAUUCUGUUCUGUACAAAACCCCUACAUCAAGUGUUUGCUUCAUUUGCACAAAAAGGAGAAAAGCUGGAUGUGAGCCUGGUCUCCUAG